UAUAUCAGAUACUAUAGUUACGAUUCAAAAUGUUGUGUAUAAAUUUCAUCGUCGAUACCGAAUCGUCAUUACUAUAAAAUAGAUAUUUGGAUUGAAAAGGUUCAUAAUUAUCGUAAAAAUAGAAAUAUUCUCCUAAAAAAAGAGAAUAACUGAAUUUGGAACUUAAAAUGUUGCAAUUUGUCAUAUUACUUCUGUGUUCAACCGCAUUUGUCCUAGUCAAGAGCGAUACAGCACCGCCAACGGUUAUAACAAGAUCGGGUGAAAUACGUGGUCAAAUAAAAGAAACAAUAUGGGAGAAACGACCAUUUGAAACAUUUAUUGGUAUUCCAUAUGCCCAACCGCCUGUUGGUGAUCUUCGAUUCAAGGCACCUGAGCCAGUGAAACCGUGGCGUGAACCAUUCAAUGCUGUUACACCAAGUAAAAUGUGCCCUCAAAAUGCAAAAAAUGUUACAGGUAUGAGUGAAGACUGUUUGUAUAUGAGCAUUCAUGUUCCAGUUGUAAAUGGAACGCGCAAAUUGGCGACUUUAGUUUUUUUCCACGGCGGGGGAUAUAUUGCUGGAACGGCUGAUAAUCGAUUCUUUGGUCCUGAUUUUUUCGUCGAAAACGAUGUGAUUCUUGUGACUUUGAAUUUUCGACUUGGUGUAUUGGGUUUUAUGUCAUUGGGCUUACCCGAAUAUUCUGGUAAUAUGGGACUGAAAGAUCAGCAACUUGCUAUGAAAUGGAUUUACGAAAAUAUUGAAGCUUUUGGUGGUGAUCGCUAUAGAAUUACUCUGGGCGGCCUUAGCGCAGGCGGUCAAUCAGUUGGGCACCAUAUGCUUAACAAGGAAUCACAGCAAUAUUUCAACCAAAUGCUGAGUGUGAGUGGAACACCAAAUACAGUUCAAAACUAUCAGAAGGGAGAUCAUCGAUGUUUGGCGGAAUUUUUUUACCGAAAAUGUCAUAAUGGACAUCAGCCACGGGGUGACGAAGAUCUCAUUCAAUUCCUUAAAACCGUUGACAUGGCCAAAAUUAUACUAUUUACCAAAGACAGCGCCCGUGGAUAUUUAUCACCGUGGAAUCCAACUGUUGAAUAUUCAAAUGCAAAACGUCCGUUCUUCCAAGACGAUCCCAUGCAUUUACUACACAAUACAGCCAGUUUGAAUAAAAGCGCAUAUUUCACUUUUACCAAGGAUGAACAUUUGUUCUAUGCUAAAAAUACAAAUUAUGGUACGCCAAGUGAGAUAAAGAAUUAUUUAAACAAUUUCUACAUGUUUCUACCAAUCUUUGGGUACAGUACAUCGGUUGCAAAAAGGCCAUACUUCAAAUUAUUAAUGAAUAAAGUUCGAAAUUUCUACUUUGGUGCCACAACUACCGAUGCUGAGCGCUUAAGACAACGAAUCAUUUUAGAUUCCGAUAUUUACUGUAUCUAUCCUAUUGAAAAAUGGAUGCAAGGACAUAUUGCUAUUUCCAAGAAAAACACCUACUAUCAUCGAUUUUCAGUUCAUACCAAAAUAAAUCCAUAUGAUAUGUUCCCCGGAACCGGUCACGCAGACGAGCAAUGCUAUUUAUUCGCUUGCAGUAAAUUCGCCGAAUUAUACGGGAAAAUAAAAUGUUAUAAACAUGCAAGUGAAGAAAUGUCAGUCGCUUUCAAAGCCAUGAAUAAUCUUCAUAAAUUGUUCUCAAACUUUAUUAAAUUCGGUAAUCCAAAUAAUCCGAAUAAGAAUACCGAUUCCGUCAGAGAUUUUCCACCGGCUCGUAUGGAUAAGCCGCAUCGAUUCUAUAUGGCCGAUGUGACAAAUGAUGGAAUAUUUGUGGGAAUUGCGCCAAAUACACACCGAGUUAAAUUUUUGGAUUCUGUUGUUAGUGAAGUAAAAAAAUUGGCUGAGUUGUACGGAGAUGCACCGAAAAAAACUCCUAUUCAACUUUUGUGCGAUACAUUGAAUAGUGUUGAAGUACAAGUUCAAAGUCGCAUUUAAAAGAAAACUUGCCCAAACAUCGAAUGGAAAAUCAUAGCACUUGCGUGCGAUAAAAAGAAACGUUAAAACUGGAGUAAAUGUAUGAAAUUCAAAAUAAAGAAAUCAACUCAUUUAACUAUCA